AUGCCAAACCUUCCAUCGCCCCUCAUCCCCUAUCGCUGCAUCCCAGAGUCCGCCGGCGGCACUUAUACCUUCUCUCCCACCAGCACCAACAAACAAGAAUCCAUCCCUAGGAUCGGAACCACCAGUCUCAUAACGUGCGUAGGAAUCUACCUUCCCAUUUCAUCGACCCGUUGUUUCUUCGCGCAUAUCAACGCUUUCGUGCGGAAGGAGGAGUUCGACGACCGGGAUGUCGCCAAGUCUCAAGGCGAGGAGAUCCGAGCAGCGGUCAUCGCGAAGUUGUGUACGGAGGCUCAGAGAGAGAAGUGGAGCGUAAGGGAUGUUGAGCGCUGCGUCGACGCGAGCAAGCAGAUCGUGGUCAUGUGUCCCAGCCUCGGAGAAAAAGGCUGCCCGCGUUCGGGGAGGUACAUCAUCGAGGGGAUCAAAGCCUUUCUGGGAAUGGACCUAGCGAGAAGGAUGAGUGAGGAGCACUGCGAGAAAUUGCAGCUGCUCGGCUUCGUAGUGCAUCACGCGAGUGGGGAGGUGUGGUUUCUUGAGCAGAGGUGGGAGACUUGGAUCGACGGCAGUCGGGACCGUGUCGAUGAGGAUGAUCGGAGGUUUGUACCGCAGGGCGAGUACGUGGUGGAGGAGAGGAGUGAGCAUAGGGAUUGGAUGAUCGUUGUGGAGGGCAAGCAGGAAUGGUGA